AUGAAUUGCCGUGGAUUAGCUAAAACUAACCACCCACAAACGCGCUCCCUAUUUAUAAGACACCUUCGAUCCUGCGGGAUCGAUUUACUUGCCCUUCAAGAAACUCAUGCCAAUACUGAACCUCUCCAACAGAUGUUCCAUACACAAUUCCAUGCCCAAGAUUCCUUAUGGUCUCCGCACUGCGGUCUUGUUUCUCUUUCUCUGCACCUAUCUUUCAUUAACCCUCUAUUCAGCCCUUGUGGCCGUUGCAUCUCUACUACAGUCAUACAUACUAAUAAUUCCAUUCCCUCUUUCCGUAUAUGCGUUGUUUAUGCCCCAGCUUCCUACCGGGACCGCUUUUCUUUCCUCCGCUCUCUUCUCAACUCUCCAGCACUACUUCCUCGUCUCCCAUCCUCAUGCAUACUUUUGGGCAACUUCAAUUAUACCUACCGCACUACUUCUUCUAACCCUUGCCAGGCCCCUCCCGAAUGGCUCAACUUUAUUUCUAACCAUUUCGUGGAUUGUGUCACAUUGAGUGGUGAAGUCCCUGCCCCAACUUUCCACCGACAACUUUGCUCCUCCUCCAUAGAUUAUGUAUUUGCUUCUUCCGACCUUGCCCCAUGCCGUCAGUCCUCUUCUGUGUCCUAUAUACAUCCGAAUUGGUCUGAUCAUUGUCUAGUAGCCACUACUUUUAAGUUUACUGCCAAACAUGCAACAGGAAAGGGAAUGUGGCACGCCAACCCUCGUCUUGCCCGCAACCCCACUUUUUGCACUGAAUUUGACGCCUAUAUUUCUACCUCCGUAUUUCUACUUUCUCCCUAUAUGUCCCCACAAGACCAAUGGGAUAGAUUAAAACAUAUGCUUACAAAAUUCAUUAAGUCCUUUACUAGGCGCCGCACACAAACACUCACUACACUGGAGGCCAGACUUCAAAGUAAACGUGACAAGUUAAUCCACAAGUUCAGACAACAACCCGCCCAAAACUUCCAAUUGCCCAUUAUUGAAAGACAGUUGCAACAAGUCCAGCUGGAGAGAGUGGAAAUUCUUGCCCUGCGUGCAGGCAAACAUUGGCGAGAGAAUGGAGAGAUCUCUGCAGGAUACCUCAAGCGAACAGUUGCAGAACGCCAAGCCUGA